AUGAGUUGUGUGUGUGAGACCACACGGGCUAAAAGAAAGCUCUGCAGCCCGGGACGGGGCCAGCCGCCCCCACCCACCCCAGUCACUGCUGGACUGGAGUCGCUUUGCCGACCCGAGCUAGCGGGGGACACACAGGAGGAGCAGCGCGCGAGGCACGCCGGGAGCCCCAGGACGGCUCGUGCCCCUACAGCGCAAGCUCGGUAGGGGCCCGCUUCAGUGGCUGUAGUUUCAGCUCCCUUGCCCUCGUCACUUCCGGUUGUGGGGGGGGGGUCCCUGCAGGGGACUGGCCUUUGGAGCGCCUGAUGGGUGGCUCCAACAGGCAGCGAGAUGAGCAGCCCCGGAGGCGGAAGUGGGGGCCUGAACGCUGGCGGCUUUGAAUGGCGGCGGCAGCGGGACUCGUGCUGCGGGGACUAUGAGGGCAGGCGGCGGCGAGCAGCAGGCGCUGCUCAGACAGGUUUUGGGUUGGAGAGUGGCUGCUAGUAUUGCCUGGUCAAUACUACUAUUACCUCUGUGUACGGCAGUCUUCAUAAGUAUUAGCAGCAUUGAUUUGUUUCAUCCUGUACAAUGGAUUUCAAAUUCAUUCAAUGAUUGGUAUACUUCCUAUGUCAUCUUUUGUAUCCUCCUUAUGUCAGUGGUGAUACUGAUAAUAAGCAUCUUCAAUGUUGAAUUUUAUGCAGUUGUGCCUUCUAUUCCCUGCUCUCGAUUAGCACUGUUAGGAAAGAUUAUUCACCCACGGCAAGUUAUCCAUUCAGUUGUUCAUGCUAUAAUGGGAAUGCUGAUGGCAUGGUGUGCUGCAGUUAUGACUAAGGGGAAGUUCCAGUUCCUUGCUUUACCCUGCACUGCUUCCGAAAGCCUAGAUGGUGCUGUUCAACACAUGUGCCUAAAUGAGUAUCACCUCUUCCUCCUGCUGUCUGGAGCUUUCAUGGGCUACAGUUAUAGUCUCUUGUACCUUGUUAACAAUAUGAACUAUUUGCCUUUUCCAAUCAUACAGCAAUACAAGUACUUACGUUUCAGAAGAUCUUUGCCCCUUCUGGUUAAACGUAGUUGUGUGGAAUCACUGUACUUGGUUAGAAACAUCUGUGUUGCAUAUUAUUUUUUUGGUUACAUUCCAAGAGCAUGGAUAAGUACCACAAUGGAUCUUCAUACAGAUAGUAAACUUCAUCCUCUUGACACACUUACUGGUCUUCUGGAUCUAUCCUUGCUCUACCAUACCUGGUUAUGUGGUAUAUUUCUUCUGAUUACUUGGCACAUUGCAUGGCUACUCUUCAAAAUCUAUGCUACAGAGGCACAUCAUUUUCCUGUUCAACCAACUUUUGCUGAGGAAACAGACCAAUGCCUGCCUAAAAUCUUAAACAGCAACCCUCCCCUUAUUAUAAAGUUCUUGGCCUUACAGGACUUGAUGUUACUUUCCCAGUAUUCUCCUGUGCGACGACAAGAGGUCUUCAGCCUCAGUCAGCCAGGUGGGCAUCCUCACAACUGGACAGCAAUAUCAAAAGAGUGCUUGAAUCUUUUGAGUGACUUGACGCAGAAGCUGAUUAUGCAGCAGGAAGCUGCAGCUGCAAAUGGGAGAGUGAAACAGCCAUCUACAGGAGAAGUAGGAAGAUCCCUGAGAUCUCCAGGUAUCUUUGUAUGGGAGAAGAUUCACAAUAGCUGUUGUGAAGCAGCUGUUACAGAAGAAAUGGCCUUCCAGACACAGAGGUCUAAUGUCAUUUCUAGAGCCCACAUGCCUUCCCUGGUUAAAUCAUCCCUCUUGCCUCUAAAGGCAUUGUCUACAUCUGAUCUUGGAAGCUCUUUUGGUUCACCUUUCAGUUCUCCUGCUCUAAAUCACAAGGCUGGAAUUCUGGAUUUAAACUCUCCUUGGCAUGGAUCAGUCCAAAGUCCUCAUGUUAUGAGAAGAGGACCAAAGCUGUGGACAUCAAGUUCAGAUCUGCAAAUGAAUGGCUCUCAUCAAGCAUCCUUCCCUGUGAUCUCUGUUGCAAGAGCUGGUAAUGAAGCAAUACAACCAAGCUUUAUUUAUACAUGGCUCCAGAACAAGCAAGAGCAGGUUAGGAGUUUCUUGUCAAAACGAGUGCUGAUAAUGUAUUUCUUCAGCAAGCAUCCAGAGGCCUUGAUCCAGGCUGUCUUUUCUGAUGCCCAAAUGCACAUUUGGGCAUUAGAAGGUCUAUCUCGUUUGGUAGCAGCCUCAUUUACUGAAGACCGAUUUGGAGUUGUCCAAACUACACUGCCAGCUAUUCUGAAUACCUUACUGACUCUUCAGGAGGUUGUAGAUAAGCAUUUCAAGCUGCCUCAUGCUUCCAGCAAACCACCCAGGAUUUCAGGAAGUCUGAUGGACACCUCCUACAAAACGCUACGAUUUGCGCUUAGAGCAUCCCUGAAAACUUCGAUAUACCGGGUCACUACUACUUUUGGAGAACAUCUAAAUGCAGUUCAAGUGUCUGCAGAGCAUAAGAAAAGACUUCAGCAGUUCUUGGAGUUCAAAGAAUAGUUAAGUAAAUUAAAUAGGUUCUGUUGCUGAUACUGCUACAGAUGGACAGUACAUGUUUAGCAUUUUUGAACUGGAAGAAAGUGGGACUAAUCAGUCUUCCUGUCUUGUUUGGUGGCCUUUUCAAAAAGUAUAUUUUAAAUGUAAAUUAUGGAAUUCAACUGUUAGCAGAAUUACAGAAAACUUCUGUUUGGAUCACUUUACUUGAUCUUUUUGUAUAAUAAAGCUCUUUUUUUAAAA